GGGGUAGGAAGCAGGGAGAGGGGGAGCAGCGCGCGAGAUCGUGGAGGGCGGCGCGCAGGAGGACCCCUUCUACAUCAUGGACCUGGGCGAGGUGGCGGCCCGCUACCGGCGCUGGCGGGAGCUCAUGCCGCGGGUCGAGCCGUUCUACGCGGUGAAAUGCAACGACGACAAGGUGCUCGUGCGCACGCUGGCCGCGCUCGGCGCCGGCUUCGACUGCGCGUCGCGCAACGAGAUCGAGCUCAUAACUGGCCUUGGAGUUGCGCCCGAACGCAUAAUCUUCGCGAACCCAGCCAAGAUGGCGUCCCACAUCCGCCACGCCAGCGCCGUUGGGGUCGACAUCAUGACCUUCGACUCGGAGCCCGAGCUGAUGAAGAUCAAGCAGUACAUGCCGCACGCGCAGCUGGUGCUUCGCAUCCGCUGCGACGCCGCCGCGGCGCAGUGCCCGCUGGGCAUCAAGUUCGGCUGCGACCCCGGCACUGACGCCCCGCGUCUGCUCAAACUGGCUGCAGUUCUCGGACUCGAGGUGAUCGGCAUCUCGUUCCACGUGGGGUCCGGCUGCGGCGAGACGGAGGUGUACGCGCGCGCCAUACAGUACUGCCGCGCGCUGUUCACGCUCGGCGCCACGCUCGGCCACGCGCGCAUGCGCCUCGUGGACAUCGGCGGCGGCUUCCCGGGCGGGACGCACUCCAGCAUCAAGGAGGUGUCCCUGGUGAUCAAUGAAGCCGUGGAGACCCACUUCCCGGACCGGAACGUCCGCAUCAUCGCUGAACCAGGCCGGUACUUCGCGGCGGCUGCCUACUCGCUCGCCGUCAUGAUCCACGCCAAGCGAGAGAUCGUGACCAAAGACGCUAGCGGCGAGGACGAGACGCACACCAUGUACUUCAUGAACGACGGCGUGUAUGGCUCCUUCAACUGCGUGCUCUACGACCACCAGCAGGUCGAGGCCACCACUCUUUAUCCGCACACGGAGAAGCCGCUGGCGUGCUCGGUGUGGGGCCCGACGUGCGACAGCCUGGACUGCGUGCUGCCGGCCGCGCGCCUGCCGCCGCUGCCCGUCGGCGCCUGGCUGCUGUUCCGCGACAUGGGCGCCUACACCAUGCCGGUGGCCUCGCCCUUUAACGGGUUCCCGCUGCCUAAAGUGCGAACCCUUGUGGACCAUCGGCUGUGGUCGGUGCUGAAGGGGCUGUGGCCGCUGGCGGAGUCCCAGUUCGAGCCGAACCUGGGCCGCGUGCCGGCGCCGCAGCCGCCCUCGCCGCGCGGGGAGCGCCGCGUCUUCGUCGAGUGCGCGCUCAAGUGAGCCCCGCCCGGGCGGCCGGUUUAGAGAAACACUCCACACUGUUUAGAGUGAACAAACUUUACUUUCGGUUUCUUAUUCCAAAUUCCAGGUUAAGUGAGGUUCAAUAGAAAAUGCAAGUAAAGUAAACGAACCAAUUUACCUUCAAUUCUUGUUAAUCUCGCACAGUUUAUAUACUUAAAUCUUUUUAUUUAUAUCAACUACUUGUGAAAAUAUAUCUCCAUUAUUAAUAUUUCAAUGAAAACAACUAUAGUAAAACUUUUAAGUUGUAUGUCAAAUGCUAACAUUUUCUAUUGAACCUCACUUUACUGAUUGGCAUUCGUAUCUUAUGUCGAAACUUGAGGUAUCUAUACCGAUACCGUAUAUCUGAGCGUCAAAAGAAAAAACGAUAAUAUUUUACUGUAAUAGUUUACGUACGUAAAAAAGACAAAACACUGGCCCGAUAGUGGUGGUCGGAAUUAGAAAAAGUAAAUUAAGAAAAUUGUCUUUAUUUUUCAUAAAUAUUACUGUAAAUGAAUGUAUCAUCGAAAAAAGAAUUUUCAAUUCAUCCAAAAAUAUUAGACACAUCAAAACAGCGUAUUCUAAAAAUAAAGUUCUGGUUAUAUACCUUUAAUCCAGUCCCAAUUCUCUAAGCUAGGGAACUCCAAAAUACUUGCCGCAGGCCAUAUCCGACCUUCAAAAUGGGCUCACAUAAAAAAGCGAGGCUCAAUUUUAAUCCACGCGAAUUUACCUGAAGUACCUAUAGUAUGCUCGAGUCAAGAAGUUGUGGAAACCCUGUUUUAAUCUUCAAGUUUGUUCACUCUAUACAUAUGAAUUUUUAAUUUCAUUCUAAUUAUUUCUUACGGUUCCUUUGGGGUAUUCAAUUCACCUAUUUUAUAUAGUUUAAAUAAUGCAUUUUAUAAAUUUUAUGUCACACCCCGUGUUACAUUUGCGUGUUUUAUUAGGUAUAUUAUGGAAUUGUUUUGUUAAAUUUUAAAAUUCGUUUUUGUCAAUGAUAUCAAAAUGAAUUAACAAUUUAUAUGUUUGACAUUUUUUUGUAAAAAAAAAAACAUUUGUUACAAUAUGUAAGCACUCAAUUUGUGAAAGCAGAUACAUAUGUUAAACUGUCUUGUUCAAUACAUUAGUUAGUUGGAAUAAGGCGUAAAAAAUCCAGUGAUAUUUGGGUAUAAAAAUCAACUUUGAUGAAAUAAUGUCUAAAAUGAAUAUUCUUAUGAAUGUAAAACAUUAUUCCAGCUAAUUAAGCUAAUAUUUCGAUAUCCCCAUUGGCAAUCAUUGUAAUAAAUGAUACAUUGAUGUACCCAUUAUAGCUGUAGGUUCGCGCUUGACUCAUCCGCACUUUAAUCGUCAUAUUUCAUAUAAUAUUAAUACUUUUUAUCACAAUUUUUUUUAUGAUUUUACUGCCGAAAUGUAUUUGAAGCUUUUUAAAUUUUUAACGUAGACUUAGACAUUCCUUUGUAUGAAAUUUAAAAGUGAUAGUUUCGUAAAGUUGGUAGUGCCGUGUCCUGUAACCACGAUGUUUCGCAAUUAAUGUUUUAUCUCAAUAUAUGUUGCAAUUGGAAAAUA